AUGGGUGACAACAACCAGGCUACGACCCUUGGCAACGAUGCCCCCGAGACUUUCAGCAAGGGCAAGGGCAAGGCUACCGAGGACCCUACUGCCAUGGAAAUGAGCAUGGAUGAGGAGGAGGAAAGCGAGAGCGAAGGCGAGGACAUGAUCAACGACGGUAUGGACUUCCUGGCUGGCCCCUUCCUUGCCAUCCUUUGGCCUGCCCCUGCCGAUGACGACGACGAUGAGGACAACCUCGAGCCAAUCUCCUCCGAAAACAUCAUCAGCGGAGGACGGCGCACUCGUGGAAAGACCAUCGACUUCCAGGAGGCUGCCGAGAAACUCAAGAACGACGAUAUGGAUGAUGAUGACGAUGACGAGGACUUCGCGCCCAACGACGACGAGGACGACAAGAUGCAUGGCCUUCUCACGAGUCCGGAAUCAUCCUUGACUGCUCACGUGCGGGCACUGAUGAGGGUUGCGGUACGAUUCCCACGCUCUAAUUUGCAUCAGCGCGACCCUCGUGCUGCUUCAUCCCUUUUCGACUCGUACGGGGGCAAUUCUCGACCCGCCAGUAGGUCACCCGGUCAGGUGGGUGGAUAUGGGUAUGGAGGAUACCCCGGCCCUGGGGGCGAUGGGUCUUCGAACGGCGGCGCCACGAGUGGAGGCUAUCGAAGCGCGACGCCAAAUGCGAAGGGUCAAUACUCAGACGCCGUCCUCUCCCAUCUCGAGUCUCAGAAUGACGUGGAGGUGGAAGGGAUCAGUGCAAAAGUGAAAAUGCUCAAAGACAUCACUCUUGCCAUCGGCGAUGAAAUCCGGGAUACUUCGACGAUUACAGAGCUCAACGAUUCAUUCGACAACACACGUCUUCGGAUCCGAGGAAACAUGAAUCGCAUGCUGCGGAUGGCCGAGCGGACGGGUGUUGGCUGGCGUGUGUGGCUGGGGUUCUUCUUGGCCGUCUUUCUGCUGUUUGGAUACGUCUGGCUGACCUGA